AUGAAAAACGAAUUAAUUUGUCUUGUGGAGCUGAUCACCUACGCUCCAAUUGCCGCUUCCGAAAUGCCAAGUGUCGUGCAUGCGGGAAAACUGGCCGCAUUCGGCGAGUGUGUAAACAGCCCCAUUGCAAUCUCGCACAGCCAUCGGUCGACGAGGGAACCAUCCCUGUGCUUUCCCUACGAACCCGAAGUCAAUGUGCCCAGUACCUAUACCAAGAUGUGA